GCGUGGGCAAUGCAUUUACCAGGGUUGUACAUGUAUGUCCACCCUUUGCAAGCAGCACUAAAAGAGCAUGCAGCGUGAGAGACAUUGUUUUGGUCGGCUAGCGAGGCUGUAACAGCGAUUCAACAACUCGUGUAUUGCUCCAUGCGUAGUGUAUAUUUCCCCCCAUAUGGUUCAUGUGUCGCAUCAUAUUCGUCAUCGAAGUGGAAUGUUUUGACUGUUGUCGUAAUUAUUAUUGCAAGCUUUUCAACAAUAUUGGUGGAUAUUGGAAAUUUUGAUGUUCAUUAAGAUCCCGGGAACUUUCACUGCUCAAAGACAGAUAUCCUGUUUACGGUAAAACCGAGUUGGCUCUGCUUCCUCCCCAUCCAUUGCGAUCAUCGUUAGCAAGUCUCACGCUUAUUCCAAACUUCCCUAAAGAAAUGACUUUCACCAAGCUCUCAACCUGACGGAGAUAGAGAUAGGAUUAAGGAUUGACUGACUGAAAACGUAGGAAAGAGCAAACUCCAAUCAUUGGUUGGAGUAAAAAUUAAUUUUAUUCUCUUUUGAAGCGCAACCUAACAGUAUCAUAUCGCAGCACCAGAAGUAUUUAAUCCCUCUUCAGCACUUGAAACCAGACCCUGAUUUGUUGAUAGACACCUUGAUCUUGAUAGCUUCAUUCAUGUAUACGUCGAACGCAAGCUUCCCAACAAGUCGACCACCUUUACUCCUCCUCACCUUAGAACUACAGUACCCAUCCCCCCUCCUCAAACCAUCCCUUCCCUUUGCUCCGGGUCACCAGUCCCUAGUACGCCAUGGCGGAACUCCAGUUUGAGAUCACCGACCUCCAUGGGGACGGAGACCAUCGGGUCAAUGGCAGCUACAACGGACACCAUCAUAGCAGUAGCAGUGAUGAUGACGAGGAGAUGCACAUUGAGCCCCUGCUGGACUACUUGCUUAGGGAACCAGAGACACACAGUACACCUUUGAAGAAUGAGAACAUUAGCAAGACCAAGAAGAGAAGUGCCACAUCAGCCAGGAAGAAGUGGAGAUGGGCAUUCAGGCGUGUCAAGCUGAUGAAUGAUCCUUGGAAGGAAUUUCAUCUGGAGGACCUCACCUCUGAGAAGGCUACCAGACAUCGCUACAAUGCCAUUGAAAAGACCUGGGUUCAGGAUCAAGUUGAGGUCAAGAUAACUUCAGAGCCCUUUGCCCAUGGAGCUAUGAGAGAGUGUUUUAGAAUGAAGAAAAAGUCUAACUUCAGCAAGGCUCAGAACUGGAAGAAUGCGGGUAACUUUGUAGCUAAGCGUUACAUGGAGACGGUGGAUCGAGACGUCUACUUUCAGGAUGUUCGUCUUCAGAUGGAUGCUAAGAUCUGGGGGGAGGAGUUCAACCGUCAUAAUCCUCCUAAGAAGGUGGAUAUCUUUCAGAUGGCAGUCAUUGAGUUCAUGGAUCGCCCUGGCAAGCCUCUGUUCCAUCUAGAGAGCUACAUAGAGGGAAAAUACAUGAAAUACAACUCAAAUUCUGGUUUCGUUAGGGACGAAGCUCUCCGACUGACACCACAGGCAUUCAGCCAUUUCACUUUUGAGCGUUCAGGUCACAAGCUUAUUGUUGUGGACAUCCAAGGUGUGGGUGAUCUGUAUACUGAUCCUCAAAUCCACACCUCCACUGGCAAGGAAUACAACGAUGGUAACCUUGGAUCCCGUGGUAUGGCGCUCUUCUUUGCUACCCAUGCCUGCAAUGAGAUCUGUGAUCAUUUGGAGUUGACACAGUUUGACCUCCACACCUCCGAGUUCAGUGGUCAUGAGAAAUAUAUCAAGCUUCAGAAAAGCUCUAAUACCAUCUGCCGAGGAACCGAGAACCGGGUCUUCAAACCUCGUGCCAGACCCUCCAUCUCCCCCUUGGACAUGACCCAGUUCGUCAUCUUUGAGCGUUCCAACUCCCAGAUGUCAACUGGGUCUACCAACUCCAGCGUAGUCUUGUCUCCUCUUGCCGAGUCCCCUCCCAGGCGCAUUUCCUUCCAGGAGCUCCCUUCAUCACCAGACGACGUCGCCAUGUCGAUGUCUCCACCUCCAAGCAUGCUGAAUCAGUUCCGGAGGACGGCACGGUUUAGGCUGGAUUCGGAGAGCGAGACGCUGUCUAACGAUGAAGAAAAAAGGGCCAAAUUUCUGGAAAGGAAUGUGAACCACAGACCAUCCUGUGUGAACCUGGAGGUUCAAUUGAGAAAGAAUCUCUUGAUGACCAGCACUGGAGGAUCCAUCUUAGGACAGAUUCAUCUGGAUAUGGCUAAAUACCACGAGCUUGGACGUUUUGUGGCGGAUGAUAAUGACCGUAACAUGGAGGCCGCCAUCUAUCAUCUGCGUCAUGCUGCGGAUUGUGGAGUCCUUGAGGCUAUCCAAGCCAUGGCCAGGAUAUGCCUACAGCUAAGCCAUGAUGUACUCACAGAGGUGACUGUACCGAAUGAUGAUGAUUACAUCAAUGAGGGAAUGGAAUACAUGGAGACAGCAGCAGUGGCAGGGGAUAGAGCAUCCAUACUGAUCGUGUCCAGAGCCUACGACACUGGGUACAACCUCGGAAGUGCAAGACAAAAGUCCUGGUUGGAGGCCAUGCACUGGUAUGGAGAAGCUGUCACCACUGAGAAACCUGAUGAAGACGGCCAUUUUGAUUCCACUAUGGAUGAUCCAAACUACCUAAUCCAGGCUAGGAUGGCUGAAAUGUAUCGUUAUGGAGGACCAGAUCUUGAUAAGAAUCCUGAAAAAGCUGCUGAGCUUUACAAUGAAGCUGCAGAAGGAGCAGUCGCUGCCAUGAAAGGUCGCCUCUCCAACAAGUACUACAUGCUCUCUGAGGAGUGUUAUGGUGAGAUGGAGGAAGAGUAAAGAGGCUCAUUGGGAAGCUGUAUCACUCCUCUUGUAUAUUGUAUUCAUCCUACUGUGGCUCCCCCACUCCUACAAGCUAAGUUUUAUGUAGGGUUGAUAUGUCUGGCCUUUAACAAUGAUUUUGUUUGAAACUGUUAUGUUAGUUUCAUAAGAUCAAGCUCCCAUUUUAUGAAAAUGUUUCCUUUUAAUUCCUAAUUGGCAUUUUUUCUAUUGAUUUUCUUUUCUAUUCUUUUAAUAAUUUACUAUCACUUUUUUUAAUAUAAUUUUUACCCCAAACAGCCAGAAACACAUUCCUCCUUUUUUGUAUUUAUUCACUGCAAUUUGUCUUCAAAAAGUGCAAAAUCAUUAAUUUUUUUCUGUCAUAGCCUUUUUCUGUCGUAGCACAAUUCAUAUUUCACAUGCAUCAUUUUCAGCAAUAGCUCCAUGAUAGAAAAGGAGAUUAUUUUAGUACUUUUAGAUUGAUAAUAGUGUCUUCUUGAAAUGUCAUGUGGUAUGAGAAGUGACAAAGAUAUUUCAAUCAUCGACAAGAUUGUAUACACAAUUUUAGAUAUAAGCUGUUUUCUGAAAAUCUAUUAUUUGUAGACUUACUGUAAGAUAAUGUAAGUUUUUGUGUCAAGGCAAGUUGGCCGGUUCAUUUGCCUAUAAUAAAAAAAGGUCAUGUUAAAUUUCUCUUAUGUACAUAAGUGUAUGUUUUCACUAGACAAAGUUCGGUGCAUACAGAUUUGUUUAUUAUUUUCAUUAUCUGUCAUUGUUUAAGCAUAUAAAAGUGAAACUUUAUUCUAUUUUGAGUCCACCUUCAAGACAGUAAGAUGUCUGUAUAUUUUUGUAAAUAUAUGAUAUUUUCGUGGAAAGGCCAGGAAUUUGUUUUCUUCUGAUUUCUCAUGAUAAAUUAUGGUGUAUAACAGAACAAGGAAUAGAGGGGGAAACAAAAUUGUGAAAUAGAGUAAUGGGCCGCUUUGGAUGUUGGGGGGGGGGGGGUGGGGCGAUUGCUUAAUGCAAAGAUUGAAUUCAAUUAGAAAUAACCAGUUUCCCCCAUUUAUUAUGUCAAUUCCAACUAUGUUUAAUUAGAUGUUUAUGAAAGAUUAAUGUUAGAAUCAGAAUUUUUGCUUCAGACUUUGGUAAUUGACCUCAUCCAUUAUAAGCAACACCAAAAUAUUCAAAAUCAGUUAUAUUGGCAUGUUCUUUAAACAUGAAAAACUUCAUUUGCAGUUUGGUUAAGGUUGUGUUUACAUAGUAAUAUAAUAUACUUAUCAUUUCACAAGUUGUACAUAUAUCAUAAUGUCUAUAUCAUAAUCCCUACCUCACUGUGAUACACAGGUCAUGUAGAAAGCAACUCACUGUAACUGCACUGGUAGCAGAGAAUAUAACCAUUUAAUUGGAAGGAAAACUGAUCUUGAUAUCAUAUCAAUCUUUUUUUUUUUAUUAUAUGAUUUUUGACUGUUAGUUGGAUGUGACACCUUAUUCUCAUAGCGCCCUCCCUCAGAGGCUAUAGAAAUACACGUAAACAGAGUUGUCAGAGAUACGCCAGCUGCAGAUUGGCAACGGCACUGACAUCCAAGAUGGCGGUGUGAUGACGUCAAUGCAUAAGGCCUAUAGAUUUAAAAAUGUGUACAUGAUUGGAAUCUUAUGGGAAUAUGAAAGGGGAGUGUGACUGUACUUCUUGAAGUUAUUAAGAUUGAUGUAAGAAUAGGUUUGUCCAGAGAGAAAACACCACAUUUACGCACCUUGCUGAAAGUUUUUGAUGCAUACUUAAAGCAGGAAUCCCACUAUGAAGGUGCUAAAGCGUCUCUCACAUUGGCCUUUCUGUAUAUCCCAUUGUUUUGUCUAUGAUAAGGUGGUAAGAUUAGUGAUAAAACGACGCUCACUUGCAAGAUUCUUGUUGGAAAGUUGUGGCUUUGUCUUGGGGUGAGAUGCUUUAACCAGUUGACUACCUAAACUGGGGGUUCCUCUGGGAAUAACUGAAUUCUAAAAGUCAACUAGUUUAGAUAGAACAGUUGCAAAGGAGGCUUGCUGUGGUAUAUUUGACUAUUUAUAAUAGAUUUCAAAUGUAUGAAUUUAAUUGUAUACGUAAUGAUGACGUUGACGACAGUUUUAUGUAUAUACAUGUAACUGCAGGUAAUGAAAUAGCAUUGUAUGCUAUUUAUAUGAUUCAUGUACUUUCAAGCUAUCUGUACCUAUGGACACUGUACAUACAAGUAGCACUUAUACAUUAGUUCUGGUUUUUGUAUUUUACUGCGUUGACUCUAACAAGUAGUCCCAGUCUGUUGAGCAAUGUGCAUUCUGAAUUGUGUGUUAAUAGGUACUAUGUAAUGAAACAUGUGUACAUGGCAAUGUUUGUGUUCAGGCAAUGUUUGUGUUCAGGUAACUGAACGUUAGGUUCCCUAUGAGGGGAUGUACUGGUACAGUAUUUGUUAAUUCUCUUUUCAGGAGUACCCAUAGAGAGUAUCUAUACCAGUCUCAUGCAGCAUGUUACUCACUCAACAUACAUGAGGGAUUUUAAGUUGCACAAAGUGUAUUACCUUUCCAUCUCCUAGUCACUGAUAAUAAUGAUAUUGAUAAUAAUGAUAAUUAUAAUACUCAUUUGUAAAGCAUCAUCUAUAUAGAGCUAUAUAGAAAUAGUCUAUUCUCAGGCGCACUAUUAUUACCAAGGCUUUAGCUCAAGCUGCCUUCCAGCACUCGGCGCAUUCAAGGAAUUAAUCCUGCUGGGUACCCAUUCACCUCACCUGGGUUGAGUGUGGCACCAUUCAAUGCAAGUAUGAUUUGUUGAUUUAGUGUAAAUAUUGAAAACACUUAAUGUUUUGUCUUUGUUACUGAUGACCGUGUACUUGAUCAACUCUGAGCUGACUUAAAAUUUAUUUCUAUUUUUCACUAUUUCAAAUAUUUUUCUAUUGUGAUUAAUGUUCGUGUUUAAUGAUGUCCAAUUGAUUUGUUGAUUGAUUAGUUGUAAGAAUAAGAAAUGAAAAAAUAUCUCUGAAAUUAGUGAAAGCUUUUGCAAUUGUAUAUUCAGUGCCAAAAUUUAUUUGAAUGAAAUUAUCCUUUUCCUCGUGACAAAAUAGGGAUCUGUAGAUUUGUAUUUAAUUGAAUUUCUCGCCUAGUUUGGCUCGUAAAUGUUAACCUUCCUUGUGUGCUCAUCUCUAUGAAUUUCAAAGUUGGAUCAUUCAAAACUUUUUGAUGAACAUGGAAACAUUGAUUCUGUUGAUUCUUGCAAUGCCACAAUUUAGAGUACAUAACCCUUUAGCUUCCACCAUUAUUGAUUGUAACUAAUAAAUGUCUUUACCUCUUAUUUUCUAUUUAUAAACCAUGAAAGAACAAUUAAUAUUCGUGUUAUAUGAUAACUUCUACAAAAUGUCUGCAUCUAGAGUAAGAACAACUCUAUCCCUCCUCUUUCUGUUAUUGAUGUUGAUUUACUAUGAUAUUUUUAAGAAUUUAAAGUCAUUGUCAUAUGAUUAUUUUAUGAUUCUUCCCUCCAAGUGAAAGAAAUAUUUUCUUUUGUAGGAUAUCUCAAUGGAGUUAUGUUCUUUGUAAAUAUACAAAAUUUGUAUAUGUACUAGUUUACAUUAACUUAAAAAAUACAUAUUUUAUCAUAGGUCUACAUUGGCUUACAUUUAGAUUGUUUUCAACUUGCUAAUCUGAUGAUUUGUAACUCUGUGCAGUUGAUUCCAUUUUAAUACUAUCAUACCAAUUUUUUAAAUAGUUUUUGACAAAACUCUAAAAAGCCGUUUCCACAGAAAAUGGUAAAUUUUUCCCUGUAGUUAUAAUAUUCUACUACAGCUGUCUGCUUAUGGUAAUUUUUCUUCCGUCCCCCAUUCCGUCAGCUGUGUUGACCCCCUUGUUGGAAAGUAAUAAGACUGCCUAAAUUGAAAGGGAAAAGUAUUUGAGAAUGUUCCCCAUGAUUUGACUUUAAACUGCAUAUUUGUUCGUAUCAACUUUUACAAACUGGAUAAGAUUUAUGUGGUACAUCAUAUUUUGUAAGCAUUUGGAUUUACACUUCUAGACUGAAAUGAUAUUGUAUGCUUAAAAGGUACAUUACUUGUAAAUACUUCUCCCUUUUGUGGCAAUUCAAUAAAACUUGAAGAAAUUAAAA